CAGAUUUCAAAACAACAACUAUUAUUAGAACUUCUUGGAUGUUCAUGCCCAUGUUAAUAUAAACCGGUAUGUCGCGCUAAAAGCGACAUUCCCGUUUGACGCUCAUUCAAGCCACGUUAGCACGACGUUGAUGAUAUUGGAGAGAGAAAAGCCGAUUCUCGUGAUUUCGGUAAAUCGAACAGGAGAGAAACGAUCACAUCGAGCUUGUAUUCGGUACAAGCUUUACUUCAGCAAGAAAAACCUCAAAGUCUGCGUAAGAGGAAUACGAGGGUUGCUAAAUUAGCGGUUCAACUACAGGACGACCUCCAGAUGCGUUCAUUCCCGUAUUGGGCCUCGGUUUGCUGAUUGACAUUGGCCACGACAGUGAUCCGGGUUUACUACUUACCAUACAGGACACUUGUUCUGUAUGUAUGAUGACAACUCGAUCGCCCGAAUACUAUGUAUAAAUGCCGAAGACUCAAGUACCACCAAAACCUAACUACUAAGACUUGAACAUUUUAAAAUAUCGUAAGAACUAUGAGAAAAACAUUGGAGUUAAAUGUUAGACAAUAUUUCAUUGGAAUUUACAUAUUUUAGUGUCACAGUGUUUAUAUAGAUUGUCUAUAAUAUUUGACUUGCUUUGAAAGUAAGUGUGGUUCUAAGUGUUGUACUUACGAUAAUCAUUCCGCCAUCAUCAAGAUUAUAACCAUAACACACUUUUAACUCUGCCUUGCCUCUAGCAAAACGUUUUAACAAAUCAUGAAUUUUUUGGGAAAAAUUAAGAAAACCUUUAGUCGUACUGGUACUCAUUUCGCUCCGAAAGAGAGUUACUAUGGAUGUCUUUCUAAACAUAACAUUGAACAAAAGUUGAUUCCUGUGAAAGAAAGUAAACCAUUAAUAGGUCAACUCCAGAUGAGAGAGAUAUCAGUACCUGGAAACGUUAAAAGAUACGAGUAUGGGACUGUUUGCGAAGAGAAGCACAUGGUCAUUAUGUUUGUAGGUGGGACAGGUUCCGGAAAAAGCACGAUGAUCAACAGUUUUGCGAAUUAUUUGUUUGGUAUCGAGUGGGGAGAUCCUUAUAGAAUCAGAGUAGUGGAUGAAAACAUAGAUGCCAACCAAGCAGAAAGUGUAACACAAAAUGUAUCGACCUACACCUUUUACAAAGAACGUCGGUCCGACGGAUGUACUUUAACAAUUAUUGACACUCCAGGAUUCGCAGAUACAAGCGGCAAAGAUGACCAUAUAGCCAAUCAAAUUGGUGAACUUUUCACGCAGUUAGGGGAACAUGGAAUAAAUUCCAUUAAUGCGGUUGGAUUCGUUGUAGAAGCUAGUCGGGCUCGGCUAACGAUCUUGCAACGCUAUAUUUAUGAAAAGGUCUUAUCCCCGUUUGGUAAAGAUAUAAAAGAAAACAUCGCUGUUUUGACAACAUUUGCGGAUGAUGGUGAGCCAAUAGUACUAGAUGCUCUUCGACAAAGUGGUUUAGAAUACAAAGAUUAUUACAAGUUUAACAACGGCGCCACCUUUGCAGAAUACAAAGGUGGUAAGAGUGAUGAUUUCAACAAGAAGAUCUGGUCUAUGAUGAUAGAGAGCUUCGACAAAGUUGUACGAGAUUUGCAGUUUUACCAUCCAAAAAGUCUUACAUUAUCAAAAGCUGUCUUAAAAGAGAGAGACCAACUUAAACUACAGCUAAUUCAAAUCAAGGAUGACGUCACAUUUUCACUCAAUCAAGUUAGGAAACUCAAUAUGAUAAAACAGUCCAUUGAGCAGUACAAAGUUGAAAUAGAAGAAAACAAAGAAUUCAUAAUCGAAGUAGAAGAGCCAUGUUGGGAAAAGGAGCCUUCAAACUGGAGCAAUAACUGCAUAAUAUGUAAGCGUACGUGCCAUAAAAGUUGUUGGGCUUUUAACGUGUUAUUAAGCACAUGUGAAGCCUUCAACUCUUUUGGUCAUUGCACAGUUUGCCCGGGGCAUUGUUCCCCAGCUGAUCAUAUUGGCGAAUACAUGAGAUGGAAUGAGAAAACUAAAAAGGUCAUGACAACUCAUAAAGAAAUGAGGAAACGAUAUAUGGAAAAUGUGGAAGCCAAAUCUGGAUAUGAAGAUAUGCAUACAAAUCUGGAAAAUGAAGUAAAACAACACAACGAAGGGAUAAGCAACCAAGUUCAGAGAUUGACAAAAGUGAUCAAUCGUUUGAAGGAAAUAGCCCUGAAACCUGGAUCAAAAUCAGCAGUGGACUACAUAGACGACCUUAUCAAAGAGGAGGCGGAGUCGCACACACAUGGAUUCGAUGAGAGAAUUCAAGCACUCGAGGAAAUUAAAAAACGUAUCAAUUAGGAACUAUUUUAGGAUACAAAUAGCUGAGCUUAUAUAAUCGAUAUAGCUUGACAGAUAGAAGUGUGUUUGUAAAUCACGUUGGGCAUGAGGAUGAAUCUACAUUUCAUUGACAAUAUAAUUCGGAGGUUGCCUAUGUAAAUAUUAUUUUAUAUGUAUUUUAUACGUAUAUAGUGAGCUGUUAGACCUAUAUCUGUAAUAUAUCCAAAUGACAAUACGAUUUCUAUUCAGGCUAAACUGGAUGAUACGAUAUAUGAUAUGAUCAGUGUAUAUGUACA